AAUUACGUGUUGGUAGUGCUGUAAGUGUCUUGAUACAUUGCCGCAUCAUCUCGAAGUUUGUCUCCUCGCUAGUUUCACCUCGCGACCGACGACAAAAAACCAAAACAAUAACUUCACUCGUCAAUCGAGAGCUUGCCUUGCCAUAAGUAUAAUGUCAAUGCAGAGCAUUUUGUGUUCUGAAAAACGAGUGAAACCGAGAUGAUGUAGUAAAUGAUGUUUAACGAAGUCUUCUGACUCGGCUUCUGGCGGGGAAGGAGGUGAUCGUGCCACAAGUGAGCUAGUACGCGUCGGGAUAUUACUAAAUACAGCAUAACACAUAAGUAAAAGGGAAGCGCUUCUCCCUAGGCCUCUCUCUCCCCGGCAUGCGAUUCAUUUAAUAUCCACUUUUAAAUUCCUACUGCCUCUCCUUAUCAUAUCUCACCAUCCUUCAUGCUUGUCGCUCGUGCGUGAGCGCUAUCUCAUCCAGCUUCCAACUUCACGCCCUUGUCUCGAGAUGAAUAACACCCUCGAAAUACCAUCUGAUAUCGCCUUACUCAACGGACCCAUACUACUUGGAUUUUUCUUUAACUGGGCGCUCGUCGGUGCAUUAACGAUUCAAGUCUUCUUAUACCACAUACACUAUCCCAAUGAUAGCAAGAAAAUCAAAUAUCUAGUAUACGGUCUUUAUCUAACAGAAUGGGUCCAAACAAUACUCAUGACCAAUGAUGCGUUUCAAUGGUUUGUGUUUGGUUAUGGUCACCCCAAUACACUCGACAACUACUAUACAUCUUGGUUCAACGUGCCGGUAUUGACGGGAAUCAUAUCCAUGGUCGUUCAACUCUUCUUUAGCUGGCGCGUCUGGAUACUGGCGAGAAAAUAUUUAAUACCAUGUACUAUCGCCUUUAUUGCUCUUACUCAGGGUUGCGCUGGAGUGGCAAGCGGGAUACAGUUGCGCGAACUACCAAAUUUUCUAGCGCUUUCAACUCUCUCACCUGCAGUCUCGGUAUGGCAUGCAGGCAGUGCUACUGCGGAUAUCCUGAUCGCAGUGUCCAUGACCUAUCUGUUGCUCAAAAGAAAGAGUACGCACGACGGAACAAAUUACGUCGUUUUGCGGCUCAUUCAGCUGACUGUCGAAACGGGUUCAAUCACAGCUGUGGCUUCGAUCCUGGAUCUCGUACUCUUUCUGGUGUUUCCCAACACCAACCUCCAUAUGUGCGCAGCAAUCAUGCUAGGGAAAUUAUAUACCAACUCUCUCGUCGUAGGGCUCAAUAACCGCUUCUAUGCUCAACGGCACCACGAUCGGCGCGAUACCACGUCUACGCGCGUUCAGUUCGAGCAGAACGGGAACCUUAGUUCGCUCUCGUCUUCCUCAAAUGCUAACACGACGAACAGCAUGUCGUCGGAUGCGUACAAAUUGGCGGUCUUGCCUGACGUAGAUACCGGUGCUAGCUCAAGCAUGCUGAAGAGCAUUGCCCUUGAUUCAGAGGAACUGUGCCCUUUGCCUUAGUGUUGCUUAUCCUGAACAGACUCAUUUAGCACGUUCUGGCCGGCCUAUUCGAAACUCGGCUGGACAAACGACAUAUAUAGUCUGCCUGCCAUCUAUCGUCGAGCUACUCGCUCGCUGUUCCUACGAGAGCUGUUCAUACGACCUCACUGUACAGAGACUGCCGGCUUAUAUCGACAGGCCAAGCCGAGAACGGGAACGACAGGCCACGGUGUUUACAGUGGUAGGCCGAUUUUGGGAUGACUAUAUGCCCUAUGUACAUGGAGGACAGAUCAUCUGUAAAAGCUCUAUCGUGAUAUCUGGGUGAUAAUUAUGUACCGUUAUUUACCAGAUAUAAUUUUUUUUGUAAAUCUCCAAUUGAGCCUCGUAAUUUCG